GUUACCUCUUCUUAACAAAAACGCCCAAAUUUCUUUCCCGUUAUUUUCUAUUUUUCAAUCUCAAAAAAGUCUCUCGUUUCACUUUCGAACUGUGAGGCUGUCGCAGCCGCCAGUAGACGGCGUCGAUACAACGACAGGCCACCUAUCAGUUACCGUCCUUCACUCUUUCCCUCCUUCUUGCCAAGAGAACAAACAGAUUUCCUUUCCCUACUGAAAUCAAUACCCAAAUCAAAAACCUGAAAACCCUAAAAAAGGAUGAUUUACACUGCAAUCGAUAAUUUUUACUUAACCGACGAGCAAUUGCAGAACUCACCAUCUAAGAAAGAUGGAAUUGAUGAAGCUACCGAAACUACUCUUAGAAUUUACGGCUGCGACUUGAUUCAAGAAAGUGGAAUUUUACUUAAACUACCUCAAGCUGUGAUGGCCACCGGUCAAGUUUUAUUCCAUCGAUUUUAUUGCAAGAAGUCAUUUGGGCGCUUCAAUGUGAAGAAAGUUGCGGCUAGUUGCGUUUGGCUUGCAUCUAAGCUUGAGGAAAACCCUAGGAAAUCAAGGCAAGUCAUUAUUGUUUUUCAUAGAAUGGAGUGCAGGAGGGAGAAUUUACCCAUUGAAUUUCUUGACCUAAAUUCAAAGAAAUUUGCAGAGUUGAAGGUGGAAUUGAGCAGAACAGAAAGGCACAUAUUGAAAGAGAUGGGCUUCGUUUGUCAUGUUGAGCAUCCUCACAAAUUCAUUUCAAACUACCUUGUCACCCUUAAAACACCUCCAGAAUUGAGACAAGAAGCUUGGAAUCUUGCAAAUGAUAGUUUGCGUACAACCUUGUGUGUUCGUUUCAAGAGUGAAGUUGUGGCUUGUGGGGUUGUAUAUGCUGCUGCGCGUAGGUUCCAAGUACCCCUUCCUGAGAACCCACCAUGGUGGAAGGCAUUUGAUGCGGAUAAAUCUGGUAUUGAUGAAGUUUGCAGAGUUCUGGCUCACCUGUACAGCCUUCCUAAGGCGAAAUACAUAUCAGUCUGCAAGGAUGGGGAUUUUUCUUUUUCUAGCAAGUCUUCAGAUUCACAAGCAACUCCAAAGGAAGUUUCACAGGCUAGCUCACCAGCUAAUGAUGCUACGGCUCCUAAGGCAGCACCAGCUGGGGUUAGUGCUGAAUCUGGGGGUUCCAGAGGCCCAAUUGUGAAACCGGCCCUAGAUAAGCUGAAGGAUUCCAAGAAGAGCAACGAUGAGUCCAAGGCUGUUGAUGGAGAGGCAAGAGAUGAGCCUAUUCCAAGAUCCAAGUCUGAGCACAGGGCAGAGUCCAGUGUGGAGAGGAGUAAAGAGAGAGAUAGGGGCCGAGAGAGGGAAAGGGAGAGAGAUAGAACAAAGACCCACGAUCGUGAGAGAGGCAGAGAUUCUGAUAGGGAAAGGGAUUUGGAGGAGACUGAGAGGGAAAGAGAGAGAAACAAGGAUCGAGGUCGUCGUUCAAAGGAUAGAAAGGAUUCAGGACAUUCAGAGAAAUCAAGAUAUCAUUCCUCACGAGAUCGUGAAUACCACAGUUCUUCUUACUAUUCAAGGGAGAAGGAUCGUCAUCGACAUCACUCGUAUGCUUAAAACGAUCAUUUUUUUGUGUGCACUCUCUCACUUGAAGAUGCUGAAAAUAUCAGAAAUGCUCUAGUUGUAUAUUAUAUGAUUUCUGUAACAUGUUUGUGUUAAUUAAAUUUCAGAUUCACUCUAUAAUUCUGAUAGUUUUGCAGUGCAUUUGAAAAGAGAUGCAGAGUUUACUUGCUCCA